AUGUUUAGAACUUUACAACAACAACCCAGAGUCAUUACAUUAUUUGGUUGUCAAAAAAUAUUGGAAUUACCCAAAAUAAAUAAAUUAAAUGAUCUUCUUUUAAAAAAUUCAUUAGAAAAGAAAAUUGAUUUUAGUUAUUCUAAUAAAUUCCCCACAUUAGAUCAAUUAAAUUAUAUGGAAAGUAUUGAUUCUAAAACUUUAAAACAUUGUAUCCCCAAGAAAGAUGAAUUAUUAAGUAAAGAAGUAUUUAACCCAAUUUUUUCAUUAAGUAUUAGAGAAUGUGAAAUUAAUAAGAAUUGGGUUAAAGAUUCCAUCGUAUGGGUUGAUUGGGAAAAAAAAUUAAUGGGGAAUAAUCUUAAAAAAUUAAUUAGUCUAUUAGAACAAGAAAAAUAG